AUGCCUUCUUCCAACACUCCCUACCAGCCUUAUGCUACAAGAUACGUCGACGGACCUGCAUCUGGCCCAACUGCCGCAGAGAUUGUCAAAGAUCUCGGCCUCGAGGGCAAACUUCAGGACAAGGUCAUCUUGAUUACUGGAGCAUCGGCCGGACUCGGUCAGGAGACUGCUCGCGCUCUUCACACAACUGGAGCAAAGCUCUACCUCACAGGCCGUGAUCUCGCCAAAGGCCAGGCCGUCGCUGAUGACCUCAUCGCAAGCAACCCCAACGGCCAGAAGCCCGUCUUGAUCGGCUUGGAGCUGGACAACCUCGAGAGCGUCAGAGAAGCAGCUAAGCAGUUCCUCGCUCAAGAGAAACGCCUUGAUAUUCUCAUCUUCAACGCUGGUAUUAUGGCAGUCCCUGAGGGUCGCACCGUCGAUGGGUUCGAGACUCAGCUCGGAACCAACUACUUCGGCCACUUCUUGCUCUUCCACCUCAUCAAGUCUACCUUGCUUGCCUCCCCAGAGUCUCCUAGCCGUGUCAUUACUCUCUCAAGCGCCGGUCACAAGGCAGGAGGUGUCUUCUUUGAUGAUCUCGACCUUUCCAAGCAAGGCUACAACCCCAUGGUCGCUUACGCCCAAAGCAAGACGGCCACAAUCCAUCUGGCAAACUCCAUCGACCGUCACUACAGCGCGUCAGGCAUCCGUGCUGUUUCAGUUCACCCGGGAAUGAUUUUUGAGACUUCGCUAGGUCGCCACAUGUCGCAAGAAGAGCUUGCCGGAUUCGCCCCCAUGGCACCUUUUGCCAGACCUCUUGCGCAAGGUGCAGCAACCACUGUCUGGGCAGCACUCGAGCCUCACUUCAACAAGCAAGGUGGUGUCUAUCUCGCUGAUGCUGGUGUUUCAAGCGCGGCUGCCGAAGAUGAGCACUUUGCUGGACCUGGAUAUGCUCCUCAUGCCUUUGACGAGGCAGCCGAGGAGAAGUUGUGGAAGCUCAGCUUUGGUGCUGUCGGUCUGAAAGAGGAUGAUAAUUGA